GUGACACAACGUCAUACACUGAACUGAGACCCUAUAUGAACCGCGGGCCACAAUUCUGCAGCACACAUGACAGCAGGCAGUAGCACACUUCACAGAACCACACCGCCGCCAUGAGAGUGUCUGUUGCCCUGAUGUUGAUGGGAGCGGUGCUGGUGGCCAACCUGCUCACCGUCAACGCAAUCCCGAGCCUCUACAGGAGUCUGAGCCGUCGUAGCGCCCACUCAGACAGUAACAGUGAUAGUGACGAAAGUCCUGUUUCUAAUUCUUCUGAUGAUGAUUCUUCAGUGGUGAAACGGAGUCUGAGCCGUCGUAGAGGCCACUCAGACAGUAACAGUGAUAGUGACGAAAGUCCUGUUUCUAAUUCUUCUGAUGAUGAUUCUUCAGUGGUGAAACGGAGCCUCAGCCUUCUUCCCGAGAACCUAGUGAAUUACCAAGAAAACAACGAGGAGGUUGCGGUAGUGAAACGGAGCCCAGGACAUUACGCCCAAGACUCAGGCAGUACCUCAGACAGUUCCUGUGAUGAUUAGACAGCAAUGGUGAAACGGAGCCUGACCUAUGAUUCCAACGAACUCAAACUCGGAUGUUUCUCGCUGCGAUUGCGAAGCGGAAUAUGAAAGCAAACUUCCGCAGACACCACCACAUCUCCCCCUCUCCUUAACAUUCCCUUCGUCAAGACAAGGUACCCCUAACCGCCUCUUUCUCUCUCUCUCUCUCUCUCUCUCUCUCUCUCUCUCUCUCUCUCUCUCUGAGUCUGUACCUGUUAUAAAAGGAGGAAAGGGGACAUUCCAGUAAGCUAACCCACGCCGCGGCGACAACCCAUGACACCACGACUCAAGAUUGAUCACCUGCUCUGUUCUGUACACCGACUCCUGGCUUCUCGAUUACGUUUCCUUUACUUUUUGUAGUUGUUAAUCUCCCUCGCUUUGGAAAUUAUAUACAGUUAUUCUUUAUGCUAGUUAUCCUGAUGUAUUAGCUUGAUGAGGAUUGGAAGGUCAUCAUGUAAUUAAAAGUAAAAACUCUUGUGUUGGUAGGCUUUUGUAGUUCUAAAAUUUGCACUAUUCUUAAAUUCAGUAAAAAAAAAUCAUUAA